ACAAGCAAUUGAAUUCCUUCCCCCAUUUUCUAUCUACUAGUAGUAGUCUCUACUCUCUGUAAGUCUCAAAUUGCUUCAUAAAUCUCUAAAUAACGCCAUUAGACUGGGUCUGUCCCGGGCAGGACGCCCUUUGUAUCACCGCUUUAUUACCAUCCUUUACGGAACUAUCUUUUCUUUUCUGCGUUCUAGGGUUUUUCAUUCUCUUCUUGCCUUCCCAACACAAAACCAACCUUCACUUCCUUCGUCUUCUUCUCUCAUCAUCAGUUUUAUCACAUCCCCUUCUCUGCCCAUCUGUUUCUGUGAUAGAAUUUCUGAUAACAGAAGAAUUUACUCUUCGAUGACGACUUCUGUUAAGAACAACUUCUUACCCCCUUCUCUAGUCUCUAAUCUACAAGAGGUUCUAAUUAGCAGGAAAGGUGGCGAAGACGAGCAGUCCAAGAAGACGGAUGAAUCCUCCGAACCUUCUUCUUCUUCUUCUCCUCCUCCUCCUUCCUCUUCGGCUGCUGUUGGCGUAAAUUCCGACCAAGAUUGCUCAAAACCUGUUGUAUUAAUCACUAAUGCGGACGGAAUCGAGGCACCGGGCCUUACUUUCCUGGUCGACGCUCUGGUCCGAGAAGGUCGAUGCAAUGUUCAUGUCUGCGCUCCCCAAUCGGAUAAAUCUGUUUCGGGUCACUCGGUGACUCUUCGUGAGACACUUGCUGUGACUUCUGCUCAAAUUCUCGGGGCUACAGCUUAUGAAGUUUGUGGAACACCUGCAGAUUGUGUCUCCUUAGCCCUGUCAGGGGCAUUGUUUUCGUGGUCUAAGCCUGCUUUGGUAAUCAGCGGAAUCAACAGAGGAUCAAGUUGUGGGCAUCAAAUAUACUACUCGGGUGCUGUUGCUGGGGCUAGAGAAGCUUUACUCUGCGGCAUACCAUCUCUUUCAAUAUCACUUAACUGGAAGAAGGACGAAAACCGUGAAAGUGAUUUUAAAGAUGCAGUAGAGGUCUGUUUGCCCUUAAUACAUGCUGCCAUAAGAGAUAUUGAGAAGGGACUUUUCCCCAAAAGUUGUUCACUGAAUAUAGAAAUUCCUACUUCUCCCUUGACAAAUAAGGGCUUUAAAGUCACGAGACAGAGUUUGUGGAGGUCUGUCCUAAGCUGGCAAGCUGUCUCAUCAAACAGGCACCAUUCUGCUGGGCAUUUCAUGUCCAACCAACAAAGCCUUGGCUUGCAGCUGGCACAGCUCGGCCGAGAUGCAUCUGCAGCUGGAGCGGCACGUCGUCUUAACACGCAAAGGAAGAAUGUGGAGAUAGAAUCAGUUGGGGUUGCAGGAAAGCCUGAUUCACAACGAGCAGUGAAGAAGUAUUUCCGCCUAGAGUUUUUAGACAAGGAGAAUGAAGAUAAGGAUGAAGAUCUUGAUUUCAGAGCACUUGAAAAUGGAUUCAUUGCAAUUACGCCCCUAACUUUAUCUUCACAAGUGGAGUUGGAGACUCAAACAUCUGCGUCUGAAUGGAUUGCUGCUGCUCUUGUGGGAGAACAAUGAAACAUCCUGGGACCAACGUUGUCAGUAAUUUGUGUACAUUUCGAGGCCAAUGAUACGGUUAUUCUGUUGCCAGUUCAAAGUGCCGAGUUGAUUCUGGUUUUUUUGUGCUUCCUUGUUUCCUUUUUUGUAUCUUAUAAAGCGGAAGCUUCCCCUUUUUAACUUACGUUGGCAUGCCAUGAUAUGCCUGGUCCGUCGUCCUGUUUACUGAGAUGCUGACAUAUUUGUGGUUCAGUUUCAAAGAAAUGUCUAUCCUUUUUAUUUUUUUAGGGUUCUUUUUUGUGUGUAUUUGGGUGGGAAUUUUGAUUUUCUUGUUAUACUUGAUGCAUGGUGUAAUUAAAAGAUGACCGGGUCAGUGUUUUUUUUUCUUUAUGAAGAUUUGAGCUUUUGCCAGAA